GCCUUCUUUUCCUGUCAACUUUUGUGGAAGUAGGUUGAGUUAAUUCUUUUUCACAAAAUCUUACAUUUGUAAAAUAUUCAGGUAGUUGAAGUAGCUCUGUUUAAUAUUGUGUAGGACAUAAAUAAAUAAAAUCAAAGCAGAGGUUCAGUUGUACAAUAUGUUACGCGCAGUUAUUUCGAUCAGCCAGCGUGGAAAGAUUCCACUUACACUGCUCUCAUCCCAAGGUUUUGCCCAAAACAAGAUACGCAUUUCCGGUUUCCAAUAUUACCGCCCUCUAGCACGCUUCUAUGCUAGUGAUGAUUCCAAGAUAAAAGGUACUAUUCGCGGCGGCCCAACUGGAAUUAUUGGUAACGUGGAUCAAUCUGCCAGUUUGGGUAAUGUUGGUGGCGGUGAUGCAAUUGCACAUGCGCAGUCGGCUACUUUGGGUAGUGACCCCACACGCGACUAUGGGAAGCCAGCUAGUAAGCGGUCCGCGGUCACUUCCCAAAUGCAUGUCACACACUUAGUUCCAGAUAGUGGAAAGCAUGGCAAUAAUGAAGCGAAGUCGUCCUCACCACCGCCGAAAUCAGCAUCGUCGUCGUCGUCGUAUUCGGCAACGGGAGAAGAGUCGUCGCACAAAGUGGUCGGCCAGGGUAAGACAACUGGACAAUCAGAGUCUGAACGAACUGAAUCCGGAUCUGGAACUGGAUCUGGGUCCGGAUCUGGAAAUAAAAUGGUCGACGAUGCCAUUAAAAAUCUGCAAGAUGCUGCCGCUAAUUUGCCCAGCAAGGAACAAGUUGAGAAAUUUAUAUUUCGAACGUUGGCAUUCAUUUAUGAUAUUCUCUUUCUGACGGCAAACUGGACAAUUCGUGUUGUCGACGAAAAGAUAGUACAGAACAAAACGGUCAGAUUCUACUGGAAGCGAUUCCACGAAAAAAUGGAGGAGGCCAAGAAGGAUUAGGCACAGCAAUCAAAUUCAGAUGAAAGUGACGCAUGAUAUAAUGCAUAUGUAUAUAUAUAUAAACCUCUUGUUAUAUAUAUAUAUAUAUAUCCACAGGAUACGCAAAACAUUAAACAAAGCUAAUAAAUCUCAAAUUUCAUGACAUGUACAA